CGGAUACGCAGAAGGGAAACCUGUAGAGCACCAAGUGCAGCAUGAUCACUAGCAGGAGCGCACGGCUGUGGAUUCCUGGGCAAUAAGCCCUCGCUCUACCAUGCCUGGCCUAAUCCCACAACCUCUCCCAACACAUUUCAACAUGGACAGAGACGACUGCAGAAGAAACAAGACCUUAGGAAAGAACCUCAUGUGCCGACUAAAGUGUAUGUUCACCAGUUCAUCUGCUCCUGAGAGCAGGCUAAGUUUAGAAGACACCCAACAAUGGUCCCAGUCUCUGGAGCGACUCCUCGGUUCCAAAUAUGGCCUGGCCACAUUCCGCACCUUUCUGAAAUCGGAGUUCAGCGACGAGAACAUCGAAUUCUGGCUGACGUGUGAGGACUACAAGAAGAUAACGUCGUCCUACAAGAUGAGCUCCAAGGCGAGGAAAAUCUUCGAACAAUUCGUCGAAGCAGAAUCUCCGAAAGAGAUAAACAUCGACUAUCACACGAGGGAGGAGAUCAAGAGGAAAGUGAAGAGUCCGACGCCGCAGUGUUUCGAUGAGGCUCAGAAGAUCGUUUACGGACUGAUGGAACGCGACUCUUACCCCAGAUUUCUACGGUCUGAGAUGUACAAGGCCCUUCUUGAGUCCCUCGCGGCAGACAAUGCUCAAAGAUGACUCUAUGGAUAUAUCACACCAAAGCUAAAACUGGAACGGUCUGGUCUUGUGUGCAGGACCAGAGCCCCAAAGCUUGUGCCCCCGCCAUGUGGAUCAGACCCCAAAAGACCUCUGAGACUAGAAGGAGACCAUAUGGAGCAAUGGUUGGAAACUUGCAAUUGAUAUCAAAGUCCAACAUGUUACUGAAGCGCCAUGAGUGUUUCUUAACUAAGGGUGCUUCCUGUGUAGAUAAGCACCCAGCUCCUUCAAGCCCAUCCGGUGGUUUGUGGGCACAACACUAUUUUCUUUUCCUGGCACUUCCAAAGGAUCUUUAAGAACUGCUUUACCAUGUCCUACAAUGACUUAAGCAACGAAAUGUAACUUCAGCCUAUUGGUUGGUUUGGACAAUUUUGUGAGAGGAACUUGACAUAUCCUAUUUCGACAUCGGUGCCUCAUUGCCACACAGAUGUAUAACAUUAAAGAAAGUGUGACUUUAUUACCUACUUGAGAGGUCAAGUUCAAAAAUAAAUAACAAAAAAAUAAAUAGAAAUACAUAUAUUAUAUGAACAGUUGUAGCAUGUGUGCCACACACAAAAACUGUAGGCAUUACUUGUAAUGUUAUGAAGUUUAAUUUAAACAAUGUUUUUUUUAUUUAUUAGCCACAGCCACUGGUUGGAUGUUGUUAUUUUGGUGACAAUAAAAUAAAGAUUAGACACUGUUGAA